CUUCACAUGUGCAGCGAGCCAGACGACAGUGGGCGGGGCGUGUUCUGGGCGUGUGCGUGGUGAUCCAAUCAUGUUGCGAAUCCUAACGCAUGGGGUGAUUCGCCCCGCCCCUUCACUCAUGCUUCUCAAAAAGUCUGCAUGCUCAUGUCCCGCAGAAUCAGAGACGCAAUAGAAGGCGAUAAGAAGCGUUGUUUUAUCAACUCUCCUUUUGAAAGUAGCCGUGGGAUAAAAAUAAUAAUAAAAAGCACUUUUAUCAUAUCAGUUUUUCUCUGAAGUUGGACACGUAUUUGGAUACAUCCCGCGCGAUAAAACGCGGUAUUGUCAGGUGUCCCAACCGAAAUCGAGGAGUUUAUGCUCUCGGAUCAUCUCGUUUCCUGCGACUAGACAGUCUCCAUCUGUCCCAUCUGCACGACAGGACGGUGGACAUCACUGGACUUUUACGGAUAGAAACUGGACGACACGCCGUGAUUUGAAUGCCUUUGCAGGGACUUUGCUGGCUUGUGUGCUGCAGACAAGGCUUCAGUUUGCUGGCUCGGGAUCAUGGGGAGAAAGAGGAGGAAGAGUCUUUUGAGUUACGCAAUCAGGACGAGCACAUACACACGGGACGGGGGCAACUAGAGGUCACUCUGUCUCAGCCCACUCGCACAGCCAACGGCACACCCUGUCUGUCAGGAGUUCCUGAGGAGAAGAGAAGUCUCAUCACACAGAAGAGUAAGAUGACGAUGGACGAAGACCCUGAGGUGCUUGUGAAGGGCUGGCUCUUGCGGGAGGUACAGGGAGGUUGGCUCCGGCAGAGGAGGUUCUGGUUUGUGUUGACAACAGACUCUCUUGACUACUACAGCGGCCCGGACAGAGAUGCUCGCAGACUGGGCACGCUAGUACUCACAUCCCUCUGUUCAGUGCUGUGGCCGGAUAAACACACCUACAAACAGACAGGUUACUGGAGUCUGACGGUGUAUGGCCGCAAACAUUGCUACAGACUCUUCACAAAGCACUACAAUGAGGCGGUGCACUGGGCGUGUGCUGUACAGAAAGUCAUAGACAGCAAAGCGCCGGUCGAGACGCCAACACAGCUCCUCAUACGAGACAUUGAGGAGAAUAAAUUCAAUCCAGAGGUUGUAGAACACAUCUACGAACAUAAUCCCAUCCUCAGGUACACGACGAGCCCCCUCUAUGCCCCACUGCUGCCUUUCCCCUAUGGCAGCCUCCACCACACAUAUAUGGUAGGUAAAGGCUACACAUCCAUCCGUGAAGAGGCGGUGAGACUUUUUAACUGCCUCCAACAGUUGGAGUCGGCCCGCGAGCCCAUUCCUCUCAUACAGGGGAUCCUCCAGACCUGCCUCGACCUCCGGCCGCUCCGAGAUGAACUCUACUGCCAGCUAAUCAAACAGACCAGCGUUACCAACUCACGUGUCCUGACGCAGACGCAGAUACAACCGAAUCCACAGCUCAGAUACUGGCAGCUGCUCACCUGCAUGAGCUGCACCUUCCUGCCUAGCUGUAGCAUACUCCGAUACCUACGCUUUCACCUGAAGAGGGUUCAGAGUUUGAGUGUGGACCCGGAGGUGGAGAGCUACGCAUCCUUCAUAGCCCAGGCUCUGGAGAAGACGCGCGGUCGAGAGUGUGUCCCCUCGUGGGAGGAGAUCCAGGGGCUGAUGGGAAGGCAGGAGAUACUGUGUACUGUGCACUACCCUGGACCGGGCUGCUGCCAGAUCCCGAUCACCUCGCACACCACGGCUAAUGAGGUCGUGAGGAAGAUGGCGGAACGCCUCGGGCUGCAGGACAGCCGAAACACAUUUGCUCUUUUUGAGCAGAACUCGUGCUGGGAAAAAGCUAUCGGAGGCAGCACCAUAAUUGCAGAUGUCAUCACCAGAUUUGAAAAUUUGUCAGCUAAAGAUCCAGACUCUGACUGCCAGUGCCGACUCUGCUUUAAACUGUAUUGUCUGCUGGACACCGACAACAUUAGUACAGACAGCAUUGAGUACCUCUUCCUGUAUGAGCAGAUUCAUCUGCGCUGGAGUUGUGUCGGAGUAACACCCCACGCAAGGAAGAUAAUUCCGCACAGAGCUGCAAUUCCAGGCUUUCAAACAGAGAUGGCGACAAAGAGGCAAAACUUACGGACCGCAGCUUUAAAUAAGUGUCAUGAGAUGGUGGUGCGGGGGCAGCUGCCAGCCUGUGAGGAUGACCUUCUUUCCCUGGCAGCGUUGAGACUGCAGUGUCUACUGGGAGAUUUCAGCACCCUCUCACCGUACCCGCCCUUGGAGCAGCUCUUUCCGGCUGAAGUGGUGGAGGCCCGGGCCCUACUGGCCCCAUUGAUCCCCCUGGCUGUCCUUCAUUCCCCGGGGGUCUGCUGGCUGGGACGCUGUGGGGACACAAGCGGCGUCAGGAACAGGACCAGAGACUGCGGGCCAGACUAA